CCGGUGUGCGUGCACCUUUCUCUGCGCUCCCACGUUAAUGGCGGGCGGCGGCUGCUGAGUGGGACGCAGACGACCGCUGCCCGCACCGGGAAAGUCUCCCUGCCUUCUCUUUCCGCUCGCCGCCGGUGCUCGCCAGCAUGUCCGUGGUACCGCCCAAUCGUUCGCAGACCGGCUGGCCCCGGGGGGUCAACCAGUUCGGCAACAAGUACAUCCAGCAGACCAAGCCCCUCACCUUGGAGCGCACAAUCAACCUGUACCCUCUCACCAACUACACUUUCGGUACAAAAGAGCCCCUGUACGAGAAGGACAGCUCUGUUGCAGCCAGGUUUCAGCGCAUGAGGGAGGAAUUUGAUAAGAUUGGAAUGAGGAGGACUGUGGAAGGGGUUCUGAUUGUCCAUGAGCACCGGCUACCCCAUGUGCUCCUGCUGCAGCUGGGGACGACUUUCUUCAAACUACCUGGUGGUGAACUUAACCCAGGAGAAGAUGAAGUUGAAGGACUAAAACGCUUAAUGACAGAGAUACUAGGCCGGCAGGACGGAGUCCUGCAGGACUGGGUCAUCGACGACUGCAUCGGGAACUGGUGGAGGCCGAACUUCGAGCCCCCUCAGUAUCCGUACAUUCCUGCACAUAUUACAAAACCGAAGGAACAUAAGAAGUUGUUUUUGGUCCAACUUCAAGAGAAAGCGUUGUUUGCCGUCCCUAAAAAUUACAAGCUGGUGGCCGCGCCGCUGUUCGAGCUGUACGACAACGCGCCGGGGUACGGGCCCAUCAUCUCCAGCCUCCCGCAGCUGCUGAGCAGGUUCAACUUCAUAUACAACUGAGUCCCCGCGCGGUGGAGAAGCGAGAGAAGCCGUCCCUGUGAGCACAGCCCUGCCCAGCGCACGAGAGACGCAGCAGGAAAGGGCGGUUUCUUUCAUCUCUCUCCCAGCCCCUCGGUGGCCACCUGCUCUCUGGCGUUUGGAUAGUCGAGUUGACAUGGAGAACUAGAUAGUGGUGUAAACGUAUGUGAUGAUGUUUGACUUGCUUUUGUUUCUACUCAUACAUUUUUGUACAUUAAAAGAAAGUGGACUUCUA